AUGGUCUGGGGAUCAGUCAGCCAAGUCCUCGUGGUAGACAAGCUCCCACCAGGACUCAAAAUGUUCAUCACAAGCAUCCACUUUGACAUUCCCGAAGGCAACAACCAAUGGUGGCCUACUUUUGCCGGCAUUUCAAGCAGAUCAAAUGAAGCAGAGAGAAAGAAACAUCUGCCCUUUGAAGCCGGCCCCUCAAUCAACAAUGGUCGAAUCGGCGAAAUCGUCCUCACUUCGCUUAGCAACUUUGACUCUGGCGAGGGCCCUAGCGCGCGCAUAGACUUCAUCAUAACCGGCGAAACGACGCUCAACGGCAAGCCCACAGCCGUCGGCCAAAAGGGGACCAUCACCAUAUCGACACCUCCCUGGGGCGGUUUCUGGUCCUUUUACAGCAACCCGGACAAGAUUGAGCUGGCGUACAACCUCGUCGACUCGUCGACCAAAAAUCACACUGUGGAUAUUUCGCGCUCUGGGCAUACACUCGACCUCAACUGGUCUUUGGACGUGGACAAGACGGGCACUCAGCUUGUGAUGAGAGUUGCGCCCAAAGAGAGUCUGGCCUUUGAUGUUGCCAACUUGUUGCUGGGUGGCGUUAAGUAUGCGCAUGAAGCAACGUAUGGAUGGGUCUUUGGCGCGUUAGGAGGAUGGCCUGCUGCUGUUGGGUUAGUAGGAGGAGAGGAAAUCAGAAAGAUGAUUUGGAAGGAUUAA